GGUGCGACCUUCCGGAAGUGAUUGUUACUUCUGUCGCCAGGGAGAGCGGAUAAGGCCGCGGGAUCGGAGCUGGGGACCUGCGGCCGUAUUCUUUUAUUGCGAUUUUGUCCUGCAGAAUAAAUUAGUCAUCAAGUAUGGAUGGUGAAGAGAAGACAUAUGGCGGCUGUGAGGGCCCUGAUGCAAUGUAUGUGAAACUGAUCUCAUCUGAUGGCCAUGAGUUCAUUGUUAAAAGGGAACAUGCUCUAACUUCUGGAACAAUCAAAGCUAUGUUAAGUGGUCCAGGGCAAUUUGCAGAAAAUGAAACCAAUGAAGUGAAUUUUCGAGAGAUCCCCUCCCAUGUACUAUCCAAAGUCUGCAUGUAUUUCACUUAUAAAGUUCGUUACACAAACAGCUCCACAGAAAUCCCUGAAUUCCCCAUUGCACCUGAAAUUGCACUGGAGCUUCUGAUGGCUGCAAACUUCCUAGACUGUUAAAUAAAGUAAAUUAUGUUAAAUUACUAUGGAUUUUUUUUUUCUUUUUGUAUUUAAAAGCUCAUGUUUGGUUAGCUUUAUAAUUUUUUUCUUCUUUCAUGUAGCAUGUUUGCCACCUUUUCUAAGCGAUGUGUAGUAUAUGGCAUUAUGGAGUAUCAUACCCACUGUUUGGGCGGAGCAAGCGCUUAGACAAGUAUUUUCACCUUUUGCUUGCCUUUAUUUUCACAACCUGUCCUAAAUAAACAUCUCUGACAACUCAA